AUGGACCAGCAGAACCAGUCUUCGACGCCUUUCCAGGACACCGAACGACAGGCAAGCACACAGCGGCUGCCAUUUGCAGAUCGGCUGAACGACACCGCCAGGAACCACUUUGUAGCAUGUUGUGGCGAGUUCAUCGGCACUUUCUUCUUCCUAUUCUUCGCAUUCUCUGCAACUCAGGUAGCUAAUACCACUCACUCAGAGAACGACAAUGAGCUUGUUCGGCUCCAGUACAUCAGUCUCGCCUUUGGCUUCUCACUCGCAGUCAAUGCUUGGGUCUGGUUCAGAGUUAGUGGUGGUCUGUUCAAUCCAGCUGUCACGCUUGGCAUGAUAUUAGCUGGAGCCGUGACUCCGGUCCGUGGCAUUCUCGUAGCAGCAUCGCAAGUCUUAGCUGGAAUCGCAGCUGCGGCGGUCGUACAUACUAUAUUCCCAGGACCACUCGCAGUGGAGACCACUCUUGGCGGCGGAGCAACUCUCUGGCAAGGCUUUCUGAUCGAGAUGUUGUUGAGCUUCCAGCUCCUGGUCACGAUUCAAAUGCUGGCUGGCGAGAAGCAUGCCGGAACAUUCCUAGCACCCAUCGGGAUCGGUUUGAGCCUCUUUAUUGCCGAGCUAUCUGGCGUGCCGUUCACUGGUGGUAGCUUGAAUCCCGCGAGAUCUUUCGGGCCUGCCGUCGUUCUUGGCAGCUUCCCAAGCGAGCACUGGAUAUACUGGGCCGGUCCUGCGGCGGGUGCAGUGCUUGCUACAGGCCUGUAUUGGUUUUUGAAGGUCCUGGAUUACGAACGAGCAAAUCCCGACGACUUCAACCACAAGUUCGGCAUCGAUCACCUCGAAGAAAAACUCAUCAAGCACGCGACUAAUGAUCCAGCCGUGAAAGCUCAGUUCACACGUGGAGAUGGCCACGGUGACCCUGAUUUGAGCAAGUCGAUCUUUCUCUCCAUCUACGCCGGCCUCUGCUCUGGUGAAGCUGCUGUGGAUCAUGUCCGCGCCCACCUCGACUCUGGCAAGCUCGAAGAAAUGCUCAAGAAGGUGGAGGCCAGUCCGGAGAAGAGUUCGCGCGAUUACGAAGCCUAUCAUCGCAAAGGCUAUCAGUGUGUCUUGCUUUGUGCCUGUGCUAUGACUCUGGGCUGUACGCUCCCGGAUGCGGUCAUCACUAAGCUGAAGGCUACGUACAACAAGGUCGGCUUGAUGACCGCGCCAAAGAAGGAUGACCUCCACGCGGAUGCCAUCACUCAGAUGAAGAAAGCUCUGUGGGGUCCAGAAGGCUAUGUCGAUGGCGAGCCGUACGAUUUUGACUCCGCUGACCUGAACGACAUGAUGCACAUGGCGCCGUUGAUGGGUGGUGCAGGAGGCCUCAUCAACGUCGCUGAGCCAGGCAAUCCAUUAUCCUCUUUCUUCCUGAACAAUCCGUCGAGUUUCCCACCAAGGGCAUCCAAGCAGAGCCACGACAACACAACCGAGUACGGAUCUGACUUUUGCGACGGGUGUGGAAGCAGGCCGGGCACGGAUUGCAUGGCGCUCAUGGCUUGUGCGAAGUGCAAGGCUCAGAAGUACUGCAGUCAGGAGUGCCAGAAGAAGCACUGGAAGAAGCACAAGGUUUCAUGCAAGGCUUCCACGUCUUGA